AUGGAGAACCCACCCAAUGCUCAGAGGGCAUUACUUGAUGAUGAAAAGGUACGAAAUGUCUCGACCAAACACCAUUAUGAUGUCAAGCCCUCAUAUCUCAAUAGGAACGCAUGGCGCAAUGUCAAAAAGAAACUUCGAACAAGGAAAAUGCUAUUGAUAAUAACUGGCGUUGUGAUAGCAAUAUUCGUACUUAUUAUUUUAGUACACGCUUUAAAUAGACCACACAACCAUGUCAUCAAACCACCUGAACCAAAACAGGUUAAAUUAGAGAUAAAUCAGGCCAAACAGCGUCCGCAUAUUGUUUUCAUCGUAGGCGACGAUUAUGGAUGGAAUGAUGUCAGCUGGCACAACAAAGAUAUGGUGACGCCAAAUCUUGAACAGUUAGCAGAAACUGGUGUUGUUUUGGAUAAAUAUUACGCCUAUCCUACCUGCACUCCCUCGAGAGCCGCCAGCUUGACUGGUUAUUAUGCUCAUCGCAUGGGGCUGCACCAUCGGGUAAUCGAGGAAUUUCAAACUAAGCACGUCCCGACGAAUAUUCCGAUGAUAUCCGAGGUUCUUCGCGAGGAGGGUUAUGCUACGCAUGCAGUCGGGAAAUGGCAUUUGGGCCACUGCAGCUCAAAUUACACCCCGACACACAGAGGUUUUGAUUCAUUUUUCGGAUAUAGAUUCAGCACUGGGGAUUAUUACACUCAUAUUCAUCACGGUUUUUACGAAUUAUGGCAAAACGACGAGCCGUAUUUCGAUACAGCAAAGACUUAUUCUACUGAUCUAUACAGCGCAAGGGCGGUAAGCAUCACUAAGGCUCACGCCCAAGAGCAUGGAAAUGGAAAGCCGAUGUUCCUUUAUCUUGCAUUCCAGAACGUUCAUGGACCCCAAGAGGAUCCGCCGGUGCGAUAUCAUGUAAAUAGUUCUACGAAUAUACCCAACAGGCGUGUUAUUACCAACUCCGCACAUGCAAUGGACCAGGCUGUAGGCCAUCUUGUGGACACACUGAAACAAACUGGUCUCUAUGAGAACACGCUCAUCGUCUUCGUGUCUGAUAAUGGAGGCGAGAUAUCUAAUGGCGGGAAUAACCUGCCAUUCCGGGGUGGCAAGUUCACUGCCUGGGAAGGUGGAACCCACGUGCCCGCGUUUAUUCACAGCCCACUGUUAGCCAAUCCUGGACGGGUCUACCGGGGACUAUUUCAUGUGGUGGAUUGGUUUCCGACACUCUUGAGCGCUAUCGGAAUAAGACACCACAAAAUGGGGUACGAUGGUAUAGACUUGUGGGAACCCAUCCGCACAGGUAGAACAUCUCGCCCGGAAAGAUACACAUUUAUGUACGAAUUCGACCCAAAACGUACCGCUGCUAUCCGGGUUGGAAAGUACAAGUUAAUCCAAGGGAACCCCGUCGAUAGCACGUAUGCGUGGAGUAUCAGGCAAGGUCCGGAGCCUCAUGGCGAUCCUAACUGCUGGAUGAAGCCAGACGAAUACUUCAGGACUCAAAAGUGCGAUACGAUAGUUUCAGAUACGAUGCUUUUUGAUAUUGAGGCGGACCCAGAGGAAAAAUUCGACUUGGCAAGAUUGUUACCGGAUGUUGUUGAAAAGUUAAAAACUAGAAUUGGCAAGGAGAAGGCGCGUGCUGUCAAAUUGCAGGAUGAAACUGGACACAGAAACAAAGCAAUGAAGUUUGUUAAGGACCAUAUUAUGUAUCCAGGCUGGUGUUGAAGCCACUAUAUCCCAUCGAAGUUACGGGAAAAACAUCACUUCAAUUGCCUCAUUCGGUGCUCGCGAAUCCCCAAUGUAUUUUCUCAUCUCAUCAGCUCAAUGGACUCCUUAGUAGUUAAAGGAUUCUUCCCUUGAUUCAUGAAAAAAUCCAUGUCUAGCAAUACCCAUGUCGAGUACCCGUAGGCCCAAUUCGACGAGGGCAUUUUCCCGCUGCGCUCGCUGCUGCGAAAAAACCUCAGCAUCGAUCAGCAGUUAUUUGGUCAUCAAAAACACCCAUUCAUGUUGUAAUCAUCCGCUUCCCAUCAAUCGUAGACCCGCUGGGUCGAACGUAACCGCGGCGAGAAAGUGCCCUGCUGGAUCAGUCCGAGCUUUGUCGGCGAGUCACUUACGCUGGUGACUGAUGUAGUAUUGGUAAAAGUAUUGAUGCUCUGGCCUCAAAGUACUUCUCCUGUUGACUACGCCUGUGGCUGUAGCUUUGUCUUAUCGGUUUCUAAUGGCAUCAGCGGACACUAAUACUAUGUACAGACCACUACGACAUUGAUCCAUGCCCAAAGAGUGGUGAGCAAAUCAGAUGUUUCUAUAACGUAGAAGCCAGACGAUAAUGGAAAUAGGGAGUUUUCGCCAAGCCCCGAAACGUCCACGUGUACGCCUAUCCUAUUGUUCGACUUGGUUAUCAGGAGGUCAAACAAUGAGAUAGGCGUUCACGCUGGCGUUUCGGGGAAUUUGCGAAAACUCCCUAUUGACCCAGUUGAAUUAUACACUGAAUCUGUGGCGUUCAGGAAGAAACACGUACAUGUACAUUGUACCAACAAUUCAUUUGGGAUUGUACGUAUCAUGGACGUCUGUUUGCGCAAAACAUUUGAUCAGCAAAAGGGGAAAUGGACAGAACACCACGCAAUUCUCUUAUCAUUUUCACCUCUAAGCCAACUCCUUCACGACUUAUGAAUAAAAUAUCAUCGAUAAUACUUUGAGUUGCCUCACAAAGUGAACAUUGGAAGCCAAUGAAAACUCCGUCAACCCGAGAUGAUCAGCGAUAACUCAGCUUCUCUCCACAGGUGUGCACUAUAAAUU